AUGGCCGACGCACCCCGGACUGUACUGAUCUCAGGAUGCUCCUCGGGAAUUGGCCUGGAGCUCGCAGUGCAGCUGGCUCGAGACCCCAGGCAGCGCUACCAGGUGGUGGCCACUAUGAGGGACCUGGGAAAGAAGGGGACACUGGAGGCAGCUGCUGGGGAGGCUCUGGGUCAGACCCUCACCGUGGCCCAGCUGGACGUGUGCAGUGAUGAGUCAGUGGCCCAGUGUCUCAGCUGCAUCCAGGGAGGGGAAGUGGACGUGUUGGUGAAUAAUGCUGGAGUGGGCCUGGUGGGGCCCUUGGAGGGGCUCAGCCUAGCUGCCAUGCAGACCGUCUUUGAUACCAACUUUUUCGGGGCCGUCCGUCUGGUCAAAGCUGUACUUCCUGGCAUGAAGAGGAGACGACGGGGCCACAUCGUGGUGGUCAGCAGUGUCAUGGGGCUGCAAGGUGUCGUGUUCAAUGAAGUCUAUGCGGCCUCCAAGUUCGCCAUGGAGGGGUUCUUCGAGGGUCUGGCUGUCCAGCUGCUGCAGUUCAACAUCUUCAUCUCCCUGGUGGAGCCGGGCCCGGUGGCCACCGAAUUUGAAGGGAAGCUCCUGGAGCAGGUUUCGACAGCCGAGUUCCCAGGCACUGACGCUGACACCCUGAGCUACUUUCGGGAUUUGUACCUCCCGGCCUCCAGGGAGCUCUUUCACUCUGUGGGACAGAGCCCACAGGAUGUGGCCAAGGUAAUUGUCAAGGUCAUCGGCUCAGCCAGACCACCCUUGCGCAGACAGACCAACACCCGCUACACUCCGCUGACUGCCCUCAAAGCCGUGGACCCCUCCGGCAGCCUGUAUGUGCAAACCUCCCAUCGCCUGCUCUUCCGCUGGCCACGCCUCCUCAACCUUGGCCUUCGAUGUCUGGCCUGCAGCUGCUUCCGUACCCCAGUGUGGCCCCGGUGA